CCUCUCUCUCUCUCUCCUUCCUUUCUGCCUCCUCUCCUCUGCUCAUUUGACAUCUGCGCUGCUCUCCAAACACCAACUAAUUUUGCCGCCCCCAUCACCCAUCACAACACAUCUUUAAAACGGCCACCUUGCUAGGCCACCGUAGUUGGCCACCCACCUCUCUCUCUCUCUCUCUCUCAGACGCGCAAUGGCGAAGCCCCGCAAGAACAGCACCGCCGCCAACAGCAACAGCAACAGCGCAGCCGCCAUGGCCGGCGACGUCGCGGCGCUCGCGAAGCCGAAGCGCACGCGGAAGAGCGUGCCACGGGAGUCCCCCUCGCAGCGCAGCUCCGUCUACCGUGGCGUCACUCGGCACCGGUGGACGGGGCGGUUCGAGGCGCACCUGUGGGACAAGAACAGCUGGAACGAGUCCCAGAACAAGAAGGGCAAGCAAGUUUACCUCGGGGCGUACGACGACGAGGAGGCAGCGGCGCGGGCGUAUGACUUGGCGGCAUUGAAGUACUGGGGCCGCGACACCAUACUCAACUUCCCGGCGUCUGCGUACGAAGAAGGGUUGAAAGAAAUGGAGGGGCAAUCCAGGGAGGAGUAUAUUGGAUCCUUGAGGAGGAGAAGCAGUGGGUUCUCAAGAGGCGUCUCGAAAUACCGGGGUGUCGCGAGGCAUCACCACAAUGGGAGAUGGGAGGCGAGGAUCGGACGUGUUUUCGGCAACAAGUAUCUCUACCUCGGCACCUACGCGACGCAGGAGGAAGCGGCGAUGGCGUAUGACAUGGCGGCCAUCGAGUACCGGGGUCUGAACGCCGUCACCAACUUCGACCUCAGCCGGUACAUCAAGUGGCUCCGCCCCGGCGCCGACGGGACGGCCGCCGCCGCCGCGCAGAACCCGCACCCAAUGCUGGGCGGCCUGGCGCAGGAGCUGCUGCCGGUGGACCACCUCCAGGGCGCGGAGGCGCAUUUCCUGCUGCCGCCAAGAACGUCGCUGGGCCACACCCCGACGACGUCGGCGCUCAGCCUGCUGCUGCAAUCGCCCAAGUUCAAGGAGAUGAUCGAGCGGACGUCGGCAGCCGAGAGCACCACCACCACGUCGUCCUCGUCGCCGCUGACGCCGUCCCCGCCGCCGCCGCCGCAGGCGCAGGAGGCGGCCAAGGACGGCGGCGGCGCCUCGCCGCAGUGCAGCUUCCCCGAGGAUAUACAGACCUUCUUCGGGUGCGAAGACGUCGCCGGCGUCGUGUACGCCGACGUGGACAGCCUGUUCUUCGGCGACCUGGCCGCUUACGCGUCGCCGGCGUUCCACUUCGAGCUGGACCUGUAGCUCACACGCCAUUAGGCCGUUAAUUGAUCUCUUUAAUUCAGCUGGGUUUUGCAAUUAGGACAAUCAGAUCACCAAAGCAGAAGAAAGAAAUGGUGAGAAACAAACAAGAAGAGGCAGUAGAACAGAGAGACAGUGCCUAGUAUGUUCAGAGAUUCACAGUGGUAGCGAGAACUGAAGAAUUAAGAUUGUAAUUUCUUUUUCACCUUGGUAACCUGAGGUAGAGCGAGCGACUGAGCGAGCGAGCAAGAGAUUAUUUCAUUUGUUUCAUUCCUGAUAAAAGAAAAAAGAGCAACCACAUAUAUAUCCACAAACACCUCCUAAAUUGCAGUGUGUUUUUAUCUGUAAUUGCAUUGGUUCACAUGGAUGGUCCUUG